UAAUCCAUUUCUGAAAUUUUAGUGGAUUUGUGUAGAGAGAGAUAGUUGAUAUGUACAGCUCUCGUUGGAACGUUACUUUGGGUGCUACGAUAUGUCACGCUUUUUUUAUUGGCUUGGUAUACAUAUUGCCUAGUGUAAUAUUAUCCUCUGUACGUGAAGAUUUGCAUUUAUCGGUUUCCCUGGGUUGUUAUUGGAUCGAUAUGGUUGUAGAAAGUGUAUUCUCACCGGUUUAUGUUUUACUUGCAUUUUAUCCUUUUGUUAUAGUUGGAUAACCAGUGUAUGGCAACUUGUAUGCAUAAAUAUUGGAUAUGCUCUAUGCAAUGCGUUGUGUGGAACUGCUGCAUUUGUCGUUUUGGUCUCUUCAUGGUUUCGAGAUGGCUUAGGAACAGCAAUAGGACUGGUUUUAUCAGGUUUCAGUUUGGCUGGUGUGUUAUUUCCUGUAGGUUUGGGGACCCUUUUGGAAUGGUUUGGUUGGAGAACUACUGUGUUUUUCUCCUUUUUGUUCUUCGUUUUGAUUAUUGUACCUUUGGCAUAUUUGACUUUGCAACAAGGGACUCUAGUUUCUUCUAUGAAUGAAGAUACUGCAUCUUCUUCCGUCCAUCAUUCUAUCAAUACUAAUUUGGUUUCAGCAACUGACUUUAAAUCACUAUUGCUUUCGCCUUCUUUUUGGCUAUUGGGCUUUGAAUAUUUCUCCUUGGCUUACUCUCAAAGUUUUCCAUUCGAUUAUCUGGUGACAUAUCUUCAUGAAGAUGCAUCAUUUACAUAUGAAAAAGCAACAAUAUUCUUAUCCAUUAUGAAUGCUUGUGCAGUUGUUAGUAAAUUGUUAGGUGGUAUAAUUGGAGAUUAUUCAAGUCGAUUCAAAACAUUGUUGGCCAGUUCAUUUCUUAUGUUGAUGGGGGUUUUGUGU